ACAGUCCAGUGGUCAAAUCUCUGCAGGAAAAAUUAGCAGCUGCCCAACUGAAAGUGACUGAGUACCGCAACCAGGUUCAGUCUGCCAAGCAAGAGCUGAAAAUGGCUCAGAAGGUUCUGAUUAGUGAGACUGGAGAGGAGGUCAACCUUCAGCAAUUAUUAAGCUGCCCUGGGAGCUUUAGAGGUCGAGCACAGCAGAUACUGGCUCUUCAGACAAGGGUACGGGAGCUCGAGCAGCAGCUGAACAAGUCAACUCAACAAAGGCAGUCAAGUGUUGUGAGUGGAGAAGAAGAGUUUCUGGGCAUGAGUGUCCUUCAGAAGACUCAAGAGAGAAAUCUUAACUACAUUCGCACCAUAGAGAAAGAGAAGAGGGAGGCAUUUGAGAGGCUCUCGGUGGACUAUGAGGCGCUCGUGAAAGAAUACAAAGAUGUGAAGAAAAAGAUGGAAGCCUCCAAAGCCAGGAGCAAAACUCUGUCUGCUGAAAUCAAAACUCUGAAGUUUCGGAUAUCUACCCUAGAGGAGAAGGGGAAACGUGAUGAUGAACUUGUGGAUGCUUUGUUGAAGCAGCAGAUCCAGAUGCAGACGUUGCUGAAACAACUUAGCCAAAAACAAAAUGUACAGAGCAAGGAGAUCCAGCAGAGUGCAGGACAACAGCUGAGCAACAAUCCUUCAGGGCACAGUCCUGUCAUCCAGAGAUUUAAGGAGAUACUUGCUGAGAAAGAUGCCAUCAUCAAAGAACUACAGACAACCCAUCAAUUCUCUGAGAAGAACGAUGACAUGCAUAGGCAGCCCAGCAUCCGGAUAACAAACUGUACUUCUGAUGUUUCUCCAGAAGAGGGAGGCAUUACCAAAAGAAUUCCAUCUUCAGGUUCAGUUUCUAAAUUUGGUCAUAAACUGGUGCUGCCAGCUGUGGGGAGCAACAUAGAAUUCAGAGCGAAAAUGUUGAGCCAGACAUGUUUGGAGGCAGAAGUACCAAGAGGAGCACCACAGGCCAGUGAUCCUGGAGCUGUUUGAGAGGACAAAAUUAGAUCAAAAGUAACCACUGUGCAUACAGCAUGGGUAGGACUGAUAUGCCAAGGCUCAGUGACAGCAUGAUGUGACAAUAUCAAGAUUUCUUUUUUUCAAUUUCUCCUUUAUCUUUCUUGCUCGUGGCUAUCACAACUCUGUCGACAGGAGCAAUGUCCCUCAGCACCAAGGAGUCUGAGCACCGGGAACUGUCCGCAGACAAACCUGAACGAACUGUCCAACAAUCCAGCUAGCAUUUGUAAACAUUGCAUUUCUGACUUUUGACAACACUGCCUUAAACUGGUUCUGGUUCAAGAGUUUUACUAUAAAAUUUAACCAGAUGACAGAAAUAAUGAUGUGCGGUAGCAGACACACUGCAGACAGCAGUGCUCAUUCUGCCCAUAACAUUGGGAGCUGCACGGAGAUGUUCAUGUUGUUCUUGUAUGUUGUCUCUUGGCUGGUCAUUCAGCUGGAGGAAACGCGGGCGCUGAGGGCAUCCCUAAAGAGCACUCUCCACCAUGACCUACAGCUUUCAGUGACGUGAUGAGACAAGUCAGGCAUGUUUUCCUGCAGGCUCUGUGACAGCACAGACAAGACACUAACCAGGGGAACUGGCUGGUCCCUGCUCAGCCUCACUUCCAGCUGAGACCUACCUUCUUCUGUCACAUGUGACAAACAGCAGCCUGCAGGGGAAAAAAAAGCUCUCCUCUUGAGCCACAAACAUUAUAUGACUUUCUUUCCAUUUGAGCCCCUCGAAGACAGUUUGUGACGUGCGGUCAAGUGACCUCGAUUUAACGACUUAAGUACCUUGAGUAGAACAGCCUUCAACUUAACCCUGAUGGCAUCAGACAAGUGUUCCGACUGAUUGCAGGAACGGUUGACGCUGAUAAGACGUCUCCCUGUGGUUUCACAUCUCGUCUGCUCGCUGUUUUAUAAAUGUCACUGUCACAUUUUAUUAACUAUAUGUUUGUCUUUCCUCGGCUGCUAACCUUAAAUGCAUUACAGGUAUUGAGACUAAUACUGUCUGUUUUCAAAGUAAAUAUUUUCUGUAAACCAAAGAAACAUCCAAAUUAAUCAGUGAAAAGGAACCGAAUCCUCACCAAAUAUUUUCAAUACAUUGUUUACCUUCAUGGCAAUGACUUUCGUUGAUUUUUUUUAAAAGGUUUUUUUUGGCUCCAUUUAGUUGUGAAUAAAUGUGCGACAGGCCAGGCUAAAUAGUAAUCACCGCAGUUAAGUUCCCAAAAGUUUCAAUAGUCCUAUUAAAUAUUAACACUAAUCAUUUCUGACUUGAAACCAGCUUUGUGGGAAUAGCGGUUGAAAAUGAUUGCGAACCCAAGCUGC